CACAGUCGCUGACCGAAGUCAGUUCUCUUUAGCGCCCUGUGGCCUGCCAACCGCUCAGAAGCUCUGUCCCACCGAGUGGAAGGUGCCCGGCAGUACAUCAUGACGAUGGCCUCGUACACCUCGGGUAAUGAGCUCGAACGAGUCAGCGCAGUCCACGAAGCCACGGGACGCCCUUGCGUCCCCCUUCGUGCGACCGACCACGGUUUAUUUGUUGUGCUUCGGGGCGGGGAGUCUGCCAGCUGGGGCCGGCAUGCGCGUCGUUCUCAGGUCUGACGCAUCCGGGAGGACGCGGCCAACAGGGCGCCUGGCGUGCACCAAGUCGGCUUGGAUCAGACCAGCCGCAUACAGGGUUGUCCAGCCU